CCGACACCCCCGCACUUGGUAUCACCCAGCCCAGAGGACGCCACAGUGAACAGUGAAAAUGGCGGGUAGCCAGUAUCCAGGCCUGGACCGGUUUUGUGGAUCCACGUUUUGGGACUACCCCCUGUUGGACUCAGCAGAUCCGGAUCUGACACCAUGUUUCCAGAAGACAGUGCUGGUGUGGAUCCCCUGCUUUUUCCUGUGGGCGGUGGCCCCCCUGUACUACUUGUUCCUCCACAGACACAACAGAGGAUACAUACAGAUGUCCAAGAUGAACAAAGCCAAAACUGCCCUGGCCGCCCUGCUAGUACUGGUGACCUUACUUGACCUGUUCAGGGCCCUGUGGGAAUACACCAAUGGGGUCAAGGUUCCUGCUGUCAACUUUGUGUCUCCUCUUAUCCUGGCCAUGUCUAUGGGCCUGGCUGGGUUCUUCAUCCAGUAUGAGAGACUGAAGGGCAGACAGUCGUCAGGUGUCCUUUUCUUGUUCUGGCUGCUGGCCACUCUGUGUGGCAUCGUGACAUUCCGCUCUAACAUCAGGGUAGCACUGCUACAGGGAGGUGUGAGUGACACGUUCAGAUUCGUGACGUUCUACCUGUACUUCCCCCUGGUACUGACUGAGCUCAUCCUGUCAGCCUUCUCCGAACGAGCGCCGCUCUUCUCCGAGGCCAACAGAGAUCCGAAACCCUCCCCUGAGGAGUCAUGUUCCUUCUUGUCAAAAAUUACCUUUUGGUGGUUCAAUCCGCUGGUGAUCCUGGGGUACAAGCGUGCUCUAGAGAGAGCUGAUCUGUACUCACUGAACCACGUGGACAGGUCGGAUCAUGUUGUUCCAGCGUUCGAGAAAGAAUGGCAAAAGGAGCGGCAAAAAUGCCACAGCUCUUUGAAGCAAGGUAGCACCACAGGGCCAGAAAGGUUUGAGAGUCAAGAUGCUAAGGUGGUCUACAAUGGCCCUCAAGGAGCAGGGAAGGACAAAUCUGAGCUGAUUGCUGGCAAAGGAGAAGUGGAGAUAGUAGAGGGAUCAGAGAGUGCCAAGAAGUGUAACCCGUCACUUUUCAAAGCUCUGGUCAGAUGUUUCUGGCCCCUGUUUGCAGUCAGUGCUAUAUACAAGCUGAUACAGGACAUUCUCCUGUUUGUGAGUCCACAGCUCUUGAAGUUGUUGAUUGCUUUCACAAAGGACAAAGAUAUAUAUUCCUGGAAAGGCUACCUGUAUGCUGUUCUGCUGUUGCUUGUGGCGAUCAUCCAGUCAUUGGUGUUGCACCAGUAUUUCCAUGGAUGUUUUGUGAUGGGCAUGCGCCUCCGAACUGUCAUCAUAUCUGCUGUCUACAAGAAGUCUCUGGUGGUUACCAACGAGGCUCGCAAAUCCUCCACAGUUGGCGAGAUCGUCAACCUGAUGUCGGUGGACGCACAGCGAUUCAUGGACCUGAGCACAUACCUCCACAUGAUCUGGUCGGCGCCGUUCCAGAUCGCCGUGUCGCUGUACUUCCUGUGGCAGACCCUCGGACCGUCCAUCCUGGCCGGGCUGGGCGUGAUGAUCCUACUCAUCCCAAUCAACAUUGUCAUGGCAAACAAAACCAAACAACUCCAGGUGAAACAAAUGAUUCAAAAAGAUGCUCGAAUCAAGCUGAUGAACGAGGUGCUAAACGGCAUCAAGGUGCUGAAGCUGUAUGCCUGGGAGUUGUCCUUCAAGGAGAAAAUCGAGAAGAUCAGAUCAAAAGAGCUUCAGAUCCUCCGGAAUACCGCGUUCCUCAAUGCUGGAGCUUCCUUCACGUGGGUCUGUGCACCCUUCCUGGUGUCGUUGACAACGUUUGCGGUGUAUGUGCUGGUUGAUGAGAGGAACAUUCUGGAUGCAGAGAAGGCCUUCGUUGCUCUCUCGCUCUUCAACAUCCUCCGUUUUCCUCUCAACAUGUUACCCAACCUCAUCACAAGCAUGGUCCAGGCCAGAGUUUCCCUACAACGGUUGGAGAAUUUCCUGGGCCAUGAUGAGUUGGAUCCCAACAAUGUAGACAGACAUGUGGCGAGAGGUCCUCCUAUCGCCAUUGAAGACGGCACAUUCAGUUGGGGCAAGACAGAAGAUCCCAUCCUCAAAGACAUCAGCUUUGCUGUCCCUGAUGGCUCUCUGGUGGCUGUGGUUGGUCAGGUUGGAGCUGGAAAGUCAUCCCUCCUGUCUGCCCUGUUGGGAGAGAUGGAAAAACAACAUGGAUAUGUCGCUGUCAGGGGAAGCACAGCAUUUGUUCCCCAACAGGCGUGGAUCCAGAAUGCUACCCUGAGGGACAACAUCCUAUUUGGCAAACGUCUGAAUAACUGCCAAUACAAGGAAGUCUUGGAGGCCUGUGCCUUGGGUCCAGACUUGGAGAUGCUGCCAGGUGGUGAUAUGACAGAGAUUGGAGAGAAGGGUAUCAACCUGAGUGGUGGACAGAAGCAGCGUGUGAGUCUGGCCCGUGCCGUGUACAGUGACUCCAACAUCUACUACUUGGACGACCCCCUCAGCGCCGUGGACGCACACGUUGGGAAACACAUUUUUGACAAUGUCAUUGGACCUAAUGGCAUACUGAAGGGAAAGACAAGACUGUUGGUGACCCACGGUAUCAGCUUCCUGCCCCAGUGUGACCAGAUCAUGGUCCUGGUGGACGGCAAGAUCUGGCUACUGGGUACCUACACCGAACUGAUGGAACAGAACGAGGCCUUCGCAGAGUUCAUCCACAACUACGGCAACUUCGAGGAUGAGGAGGAAAAUGAGGAGGGGGAUCCCACAGUCAUGUCCCUUCGAGAAGAAGACAUCGGUGUACUGGUGGAUGAUGACCCAUCUCUACCAGCACAGAAUGCAGAGGAGGAUAAUCCAAUCACACAGGCCAGAAGGCUCCUCGCCAGACAAAUGAGUCGUGACAGCCGCGUACGUACAACGAGCAUGAGAAGCGACAUGUCAUUAUCAGAGAAAGGCAGCCAGCGCAGCUUACACCGCAGUCACGAGGGAUCGCCAGACGGACUCACGGGCAAGCUUGACGGCAUCGCGAAGCCCAUCCCGCUGAAACGUGUCCUUUCUCACGAGCAGAAGUGUCAGCUGCCUCAGAAGAAAGAGGAGGGAGACAAGCUUAUACAGAAGGAGGUUGCAGAAACAGGCAGGGUGAAAGCCUCGGUGUUUGUCGAGUACCUAAGAUCGGUUGGCAUCACCCUGUCCGUCAUCAUCUGCCUGCUGUACUGCGCUCAGAACGCAGCUUCCAUCUACUCCAACAUAUGGCUGAGUGAGUGGAGCAACGAUCAACCCAUCAAUGGUACCCAGGACAUCGCCAAGAGGGAUCUCCGACUCGGGGUGUACGGUGCUCUAGGAGUUGCGCAAGGUGUUUGUGUAGUGCUGGCAGCUUUCUGCUCUGCCUAUGGUGGGAUCCGUUCCUCUCUGCACCUCCACAACAAGAGUCUUCUGAAUAUGCUGCGCUCACCCAUGCAGUUCUUUGAUGUGACCCCCAUGGGGCGAAUCAUAAACCGGUUCUCGCAAGACGUGAAUAUCGUGGACACUGUCAUCCCCAUGAUCAUCCGAAUGUGGCUGUCUUGCCUCUUUUGGGUCCUCAGCACCCUGUUUGUGAUCAGCUUUUCCACCCCACUGUUCCUGGCAAUAAUCGUCCCUCUGGCCCUGCUAUACUAUUUCGUACAGCGUUUCUAUGUGGCGACGUCUCGUCAGCUGAAGAGAAUCGAGUCCAUCAGUCGCUCGCCCAUCUACUCUCACUUCGGUGAGACCGUACAGGGCACCAGCACCAUCCGUGCAUACGACCGCGGGGAACAGUUCUUCUUCCAGAACCAAGCGAAAGUGGACGAGAACCAAGUGGCGUACUACCCCAUGAUUGUUUCUAACAGAUGGCUGGCACUGAGGCUGGAGUUUGUUGGGAAUUGCAUUGUUCUAUUUGCCGCCUUGUUUGCCGUGAUUGGCCGAGAGACCCUGAGCCCUGGCAUCGUCGGGCUGUCAAUCACCUAUGCCCUUCAGAUCACCCAAACCCUGAACUGGAUGGUGCGCAUGACCAGUGAACUGGAGACCAACAUUGUAGCUGUGGAGAGAAUCAAGGAAUAUGCUGAAACACCAACUGAGGCUGAAUGGGUGGUGGAUGACAACAGACCACCAGAUAACUGGCCCAGCGAGGGCAAGGUCAACUUCAACUCUUACCAGACUCGCUAUCGGGAGGGGUUGGACCUGGUCAUCAAGGGCAUCGAUGUCACCAUUAAAGGGGGAGAGAAGAUUGGCAUUGUGGGUAGGACUGGAGCGGGGAAGUCGUCCCUGACUCUCGCCAUCUUCCGUAUUAUCGAGGCCGCCGGUGGAGACAUCGAGAUUGACGGGGUCAACAUCUCCAAGAUCGGACUGCACGAUCUGCGCGGUCGGAUCACCAUCAUUCCUCAGGACCCUGUGCUGUUCUCUGGCACCCUGAGGAUGAACCUUGACCCCUUUGACAGCUGUUCUGACCAGGACAUCUGGGUGGCUCUGGAGCUGUCUCAUCUGAAGGACUUUGUGAUGGGGCUGGGGGCACAGCUAGAGCACGAGGUGUCUGAGGGAGGAGAGAACCUCAGUGUUGGUCAGAGGCAGCUUGUGUGCCUGGCUCGUGCCUUGCUGAGGAAGUCCAAGAUCCUGGUUCUGGACGAGGCCACAGCUGCCGUGGAUCUGGAGACAGACGACCUGAUCCAGUCCACCAUCCGGACACAGUUUGCUGACUGCACUGUGCUGACCAUUGCACACAGACUCAACACUAUCAUGGACAGUACAAGGGUGCUUGUUCUUGAUGCUGGGAGGAUUGCAGAGUUCGACUCCCCACAAGACCUCAUCGCUUCCCGAGGUAUCUUCUACGGAAUGGCCAAAGAUGCAGGGUUGGCUUCAUAAGUGGACUUGUAGACCCAUAUUUUAUGUGUCUUAACAGAGUAUUUGACUGUAUGAAGUGAUUUGAUUGUAGAGAAGAUGAACUCUUUCAUGCCACUUUUUGGUAAACUUCUGUAAGAUUUUGGGAUAUGUGUGUCCGGUGCUUAUGAAUUAGGACCUAUGUGCCCUAAAAGCACAAUGAUGAAGAUGAGAAGCACCAACUUCUGUCAAAAGUUGGAAACAUUUAGAUGUAAUUGAUAUAUUUGUAAAAUGUCAAAUGAUAUGAACCAUAGGAGUUUCAAUAGAAGGACAUGUUGUAUACAUUUCAUACAGGAUCUUAUCUAUGAAUAUAGAUGUUUCCUAUACAUUUGUAUCUUAGGUUUAUUGUAGGAUCAUACUAGUAGUUGUAUUCACUUUUCAGCAUUUUUGGUAUUGUACCAGUAUUGGACCACUGCUUUUGUUUUCAUAGCAUGUGAAAUUGCUUCCCUAUAAAGUGUGUACCAAUCUUACAGCCCUUCUUAGCAGGCUUAGUCAGACUUUUGGUUGGCUUGUAAUAUGCUUUUUUCUGAGGAAUAUCAGUUCUCAGCACUGUCACAAGAAACCAAAUGCUAUAUAAAGCUUAUAUGCUAUCAUAUUAGUGCCACUACUGCUGUCAUAUUAUAAGCCUAAAAAAGCCACAGACUCAUGGAGCCUGCUAAGACUAACGUGACAUUUCUACAAAGGGGCCCACCCAGUACAAUAUAAAAGACAAUACAAACACAAAACGGACCAAAGAUAUUUCAAAGGCAUGCAUUGUGCAUAUUCAUUGGCAUAACUCUAACUUUUCAUUUCUGCAAACAACCCAUCCGAGCCCCGGGUGGGAAUUGUGAUGUAGGCCUAAGGAGGCUCCCUUCCCAUCAUGUGAUUCAGAUUGUACUUAGUGGUACUACCAUUGAAGUAAUUUGAAGGUAUUAUUUGGAAUUUUUGUGUAUCACCACUUGAAGAUGCAAUGAUUUGUGGAAAACAGUAUGGCCACUUAUUGCCCACUAAGAGAAAGGGCAAACCCACUGUUGAUAAUGAUUCAUUGUACAAUCUCAGGGCAUGUGUACAAGUGUAAUUGAGGCUUGAUUGUGUGUUGUGCCAUGGAAAUUUUGUAUUGAAUGUGAUCUUUUGAAUAAACAUUGUACUUAGCUUGAUAACUGAAUCCAAAAAGUGAACAGCAGUGCUGCUAUGAUUGAGCUUGCAGUUUGAGAAAGGCGUGGUAGAAUAACUUGCAGCAAAGUUAUUUAAGAGCAAAAAGUGCUUUCAACGCACCUAUAUAGUAUGUAAAUUAGUUUUGACUUGUGGUGGCGAAAAAGUGCCAAAGUGUGUUAUGCCACUGUAUGUCUUGACGUUUUUUAACAUUAAGGCAUUUAAUUGUAUUUAUAUAUAUUGUAUGGUAGAAUAGGGAUGGGUAUCGGUUGAAGUACCGGUACAAACCUGUUAUUUCUUGUUGAACCGGUCCAAAAGAAAAAAAUACAGACAAAAAUAUCAGUUGACUGGAUUUUGGACUGAGUCUCUGAGUAGAAAAUGACUAGAUUAUAUCGGCACUGGUUUUUAUGCGUUUCGGCACUUACCAAUUCCAAGAAAAUAUCAAGUAGAGUCGAGUUUGUAGUCAUUCCUACCAAGUUUCUACAGUCAAAUGUACAGAGUUUACAUGAAGAAAGGAUUUUAAAACACCAGUGGGGGAUCAAAGAAUCCGCCAAAUUGAUUCCGUAGGUUUGUAGAAAAUUGGACCAUUGUUUUGAGUGUCACACAUUCAGACGUUUGCGCAAACAUUUUCUGCACCGGUACCCACCCCAAUGCUAAAACAUAGAAUGUAGAUAAUUAGGAAAGAAGUACAGUAGUAUCUUAUUUCACAUUUUGUUGAAUAUCACUUAUCAGGCACUAGUAUUAAUAAAAAACCGCUGAGGUGCUAUAUUAGUGCAUGGAGAGUCUUUGCUUUUCGUUUUUUUUUUUCACUGUUUUGAUUGCUAAAUGAAUUAUACUGGCAUAAUGGCUUGAUAUGCCUUCUCUUUAUUUGUAAGCAAAAAUUGCAAUUGGACGUUUCUAUGAUUUUACUACCUCCAUUUCAGUACUUUGCAUAUGGUACUUUGCAUGUGGUAUCCUAUAAUAGCCGUAGCAAUUGGUGUUCUGUUACAUACAUUUUACAUGUAAUAAGAAGCUCCGUGGCACUACUGCCGCACUAGUAACACACCAUCGAUUUUGUUUUUCCCAGGCAAGUAAUUAUGUAGCUUUGACAGAUAGCUUUUGAAGAGGCGCUUGUAUACUAGUAUUAGUCUGUGACUUAUGAGUUUGUCCUGAUGUGCUUUGCAGUUUUAGGAGUUUAUGCAAUAUUAUUGCAAGACCGCUGGCGACAAAUGAUUGUAAAAAAUGAUUGACAAUGAGUAUGCAUAUGCUUCAUAAAUUAUAUCAAAGUGAAUAAACAUAUUGCAUGA